CUAUAGUUUGUAGUAACCGUUGGGGACACGCUCAGCCCCAACGGUUACAACCGUUGGGGCUGCUACAAACAAGGGCUGCUACAGUUUAACCGUUGGGACUGCUACAAACAAGGGCUGCUACAGUUUAACUGUAACCAUUGGGGCUGCUACAAACAAGGGCGGCUACAGUUUAACCGUUGGAGUUGCUACAAACAAGGGCUGCUACAGAUUGUAGUAGUGUGGGGAAGUUGGUAUAAUGUGAUAUUUGUCUAGUAUAAACAAAAUGAUCUUUAGUGCUAAAUCCAGUUCCGUCUCCUUCUAUAAAUCAAAUCCCAUAUCUCUCCACUUUCCGCUCCAAACUAUUGAAUCAGCCAAUUAGAACCCUGUUGCAAGAAAAGGAAUGGAGGGGACUCAUCAGCACCACUUUCUCAUAGUCACCUACCCAGCCCAAGGCCACAUAAACCCGGCUAUCCACCUCGCAGACCGCCUGGUCCAAACCACCGGAGCCCGUAUCACCUUCUCCACCUCCAUCUUUGGCCACCGGAAAAUGUUCCCUAAUCUCACAUCCAUCGACCAAGAAGUCGAUGAAGGUGGACCCAUCACCUAUAUUCUCCUCGCCAACGGCUAUGAUGAGGGCUUCAACCCCGGUGUUGACGACGCCAACCAAUUCUUCUCCCAGUUCAAGACCGUUGGCUCACAGAGCCUCUCGUCUAUUAUCAAUACGCUUGAUUCACGUGGUCGAGGGGUCGACUGCAUUAUCUACACCUUCGUGUUAUCAUGGGCCGCCGAUGUUGCCCAUAAGCAUGGAAUUCCAUCGGCCCUGUACUGGAUCCAGCCAGCCACCAUUUUCGCCAUAUAUUACCACUCUUUUCAUGGACAUGAGGAUCAUGUAGCUGCAGACUGUAAAGACCCCUUGUAUACAGUGGAACUACCGGCGCCACCGCUGUGCAAACGAGAUCUGCCGUCAUUAUUGAUUGUGCCGAACUCUUCGGGUGAUUUCUAUUCUGCAUUCCUUAGCAUCAUAAAAGAGGCGUUCUUGAUACUGGAUAGAGAGAUUGAGCGAAGCAAGCAUAAGCCCAGAGUUUUAGUGAACACCUUUGAUGAACUAGAAGCUAAUGCUCUUUCCGCUAUUGAAGAUGUAGAUUUGAUUGCAGUAGGCCCAAUUCUUCAGUCAAUUCCCAAGGAUAAUAAGAAAGCAUCCGGCUUCGAUAUGUUCAUGUCUGACGAGAAGGAGUACAUCCAGUGGCUGGACUUGAAACCAAAGGGUUCGGUUGUGUAUGUAUCAUUUGGGAGCUUAGCAGUCCUAAAGAAGCAGCAAAUUGAGGAGCUUUCGAAAGGGUUGAAAGCAAGCAGGAGGCCGUACUUGUGGGUGCUGAGAGCAGACUGCAGGUACGAAGGAAUAGAGAUCGAAGACAAGGGAGAGAAUGAAAUGGUGGUGGAGUGGUGCUCGCAAAUGCGAGUUCUGACUCACCCUUCAAUAGGAUGUUUUGUGACACAUUGUGGAUGGAAUUCAACGCUAGAGAGCUUGGUGUUCGGAGUGCCCACAGUGGGAGUGCCUCAAUGGACGGACCAAGGGACGAAUGCCAUGCUUAUGGAGAGAGAGUGGGGAAACGGAGUCAGGGGUGGGGUUAAUGAAGAUGGUAUAUUGAAUGGCGAGGAGUUGCGGAGGUGCUUGGAUUUGGUCAUGGGAGAGGGUGAAGGAGGAAUGGAGAUUCGGAAGAAAGCAGAGCUGUGGAAGGAGCGACUUGCAGAGGCUGUCGGUGAAGGAGGAUCAUCUGAUCGGAGUUUGAGGAAAUUUGUUCAUGAGAUCUAUUAAAUCUGAUCAAAAUGGUUAUUAGGUUUGCUUGUGUUAUGCAAUCAUAAUGUUGGAUUAUGAUCGGUGUGUAUUAUUCUCACAGUAAUAGAAUUUAUUGUGCAUCUACUAAAA